AUAACUUGGAUGCCUACUCUUGUGUCACUCCAGCUGCCUGCGACAUCACUUUCCACCAUUCCAAGUGGCAGCUACCACACCUUACUGCUGCAGGAGUAAUCACCCUUUCGUUUCUGGACUCGGACAGGGAUACGUCAUCUCAGCCUUGCCCGGUUCUCUAUCUAUGUACCCAGGUAUUUAGAGGCACAACCAGAUCCAAAAUCAUCUGGAAUCAAUCACUUACUUCUUCCCACCAACAUUGACUACUGGCCAAAAUAACCUGUCGGGACACUGAAGUCAGACUGCUGAGAUCGUUUCGCUCGUACUGUUCUCGACCUCACUGGAUCGAUCAUGAGGGAUCUGAGGAGAUGGAAGCCGGAAGAUGAGACGUCGCUCAAAGACGUCCUCGACCAGGUUGUCUCACAAGGGACUACUUUACCUAUGGAGGCUGCCAGAAUGGUACACCAACAGUUUCAGUCACGAUUAACUGAGGGUCUUGGUGACCUUACAGUAAUACAGAUCGCGAACAAGAUCGGCGCGUUAGCCCGCUCCAUCGGUCUGGAAAGUUCCAAGGACCUGCUACUUGAGUGGGAGAAAAAUCGCGGUCUGCUGGACGCCGCGAAAGAGCAGGGCAACAACGCCCCGCGGAGACGCAAGAGACGGCAGCACAAGCGCCAAAAGCGGUCUACUGGUGCAUCAAAGAAGUUGUCCUAUGGCAGUGAAAUAGAAUCGGAGGCGGAGAGUCAGUCCUCUCUAUCAUCGACGCCCUCAGAUCUCGAAAAGGAAGCCGUCCCAAAACCAACAGAGGUUCAGCAGAGCAGCAACACCACUGUCAAGCUGACGUUUCCUGCCCGUCGAGCCGGGACUGGACGAACCCAAUGGGAACCCAACCCCAGCAACCGUUACGUCUUCCGCACCCUGGACAAGAUACUGGAGAAAAUGACCGCUGCCAUCCAGAGUCUGCUCAAAGCCGUUCCAGUCGCCAUUUUGACAGGACUACAGCUUACUGCCGAUAUCAGAGACUUAAGUACUCACCUGGUAGAAAAGAGUACGGCCACCAACGCGGACUUCGGCCGUUAUUUAACUACUCUUUUUCAAGAUUCGACUCUAUCAGUCACGCUAAUUCUCCAAGCCUACGCUGCGGCCGCCGUAUACGCCUGGGUGUUUCAGCGUUUCGACUGUGACUUGGACCCGCAAAUAAAGUUGUUCCUCUACACUCUUGGUCAACAUAAUCCCCAGCAAGCCAGAAGCCUCGAAAUCGACGUGACGCUAGAUCACUUGGAACGAAAGGUCAAACCCACCCUGCCACUCCUGGCCGCAGAGUACUACCGCAAACUUCUGGAGAUAUUCCUAAAUCUCAAAGGCCCAGACCUUCUGCCUCAAAAUGCGAAGCUGCUUACGACGGAGGAGCGAGACGUACAUAUGAAAGACUGGCAAAUCAAGGUACUUGGGGCCUUCCAAGAGGCUCUAGAACUCAGACUUAGGCUGGAGCAAAGCCAAUGUCCAUACACCUUCCGUUGGGCGACCCACCAGGCUCCGUUCGACAGUACCUGGAUGGAAUCUGCGCACGAAGAUGACGCAUCGAACCCUACAGAGGGCAGUGUCGUCCUUUUAUGUUUACGGCCCGCUCUUCACAGCUGUGCGAGGCGUGAAGGGGAGGAGCCCUUGCUUGUGGUGCCGGCAUUGGUCAUGCUCGAGGGAGCUGGUCCCCCAUGCCCUAUCAAGAUUGACUUCGGGUCCAUCCGUUAGGCUUGGUUAGCCACACCCAAGUAUGGGUUCGGUGUAUUUGUGAUGAAGUCACGGGGCGCAGAGCAGGGAGAGAGUCCAGGCAUCAAAAAGGUCAGGGCAUAUUUCCAUAGACGGCAUGGACCAUCCCACUUGAGAAGGACCAAACGAUCCAGCUAGAUCUAGAGCUCUGCAGCGCCCAUCUAUUCAUCUGGGCCAAAGUCUGAACACUAUGCUAUCCACUUCUUGUCCAGUCACAGGCUUGGCCUACCUCCCGCCCAUGAACUCCGGCUUGUAAGCUCGAAUACCACCGCGAGACAACUCUCGCAUGGCC